GCACUUCCGGCUCGUGGCUGCGCUUCCGGCCAGGGCUCUCCCCUUCCGCUGGAGCCCAGCGCCUCGCAGGCGCCCGCACUUCAGUCCCCUCCCACCCGGUUAGGAGCGGAGGCCCUCCUCUCGGUGGCGUCCGACUGUUCUUACGUCUCAGGUCCAGUUGGUCCGUGCUCAGGAUGCUGCGGAAGCCCCGAGGACCUAUUUUCAACACUGCUAAAAGGGGGGAAAAUUCAAGAAGGCACUGAAGAGACCACCUCACCAGACCCUGAUGUUACUUCUCCUCUGGAUGUACAUGCUGCAGCUCCAUAGGAGCCAGUGGGAUGCUAUCACUGAAAUGGAUGAACACAAUAGGCCCAUUCACACGUACCAGGUCUGCAAUGUAAUGGAACCAAACCAAAACAACUGGCUUCGAACAAACUGGAUCUCCCGUGAUGCAGCACAGAAAAUUUAUGUGGAAAUGAAGUUUACAUUGAGGGAUUGUAACAGCAUUCCCUGGGUUUUGGGAACUUGCAAAGAAACAUUUAAUCUGUAUUAUGUGGAAUCAGAUGAGUCCCAUGGAAUCAAAUUCAAGCCAAGCCAAUAUACAAAGAUUGACACAAUUGCUGCUGAUGAAAGCUUUACCCAGAUGGAUUUGGGUGAUCGUAUCCUGAAACUUAACACAGAAAUUCGUGAGGUGGGGCCUAUAGAAAGGAAAGGAUUUUAUCUGGCUUUCCAAGACAUUGGGGCAUGCAUUGCUCUGGUCUCAGUUCGUGUUUUCUACAAAAAGUGCCCCUUCACUGUUCGUAACUUGGCUAUGUUUCCUGACACCAUCCCAAGGGUUGAUUCUUCUUCUUUGGUUGAAGUAAGGGGCUCUUGUGUGAAGAGUGCAGAAGAGCGUGAUACUCCUAAACUCUAUUGUGGAGCUGAUGGAGAUUGGCUGGUUCCUCUUGGAAGGUGUAUCUGCAGUACAGGAUAUGAAGAAAUCGAUGGUUCUUGUCACGCUUGCAGACCAGGAUUCUAUAAAGCAUUUGCUGGAAACACAAAAUGUUCUAAAUGCCCUCCCCACAGUUUAACCUACAUGGAAGCAACUUCUGUCUGUCAGUGUGAAAAGGGUUACUUCCGAGCUGAAAAAGAUCCACCUUCUAUGGCAUGUACCAGGCCACCCUCAGCUCCUAGGAAUGUGGCUUUUAACAUCAAUGAAACAGCCCUUAUUUUGGAGUGGAGCCCACCAAGUGACACAGGAGGGAGAAAAGAUCUCACAUACAGUGUGAUCUGUAAGAAAUGUGGCUUAGACACCAGCCAGUGUGAGGACUGUGGUGGAGGACUCCGCUUCAUCCCAAGACAUUCUGGCCUGAUCAACAACUCUGUGAUAGUACUUGACUUUGUGUCUCACGUGAAUUACACCUUUGAAAUAGAAGCCAUGAAUGGAGUUUCUGAGUUAAGUUUUUCUCCAAAGCCAUUCACAGCUAUUACAGUGACCACGGAUCAAGAUGCACCUUCCCUGAUAGGUGUGGUAAGGAAGGACUGGGCAUCCCAAAAUAGCAUUGCCCUAUCAUGGCAAGCACCUGCUUUUUCCAAUGGAGCCAUUCUGGACUACGAGAUCAAGUACUAUGAGAAAAGUUUACGUCAACAGGGAUACCGAAGUCGUAUUUGGUUUGCUGAUGUGACACUUCAGGCCUACCCACGGAUAGCGCCGGCAUUUUGGCACUACCUGCGGGUAGAAGAGCAUGAGCAGCUCACCUACUCCUCCACGAGGUCCAAGGCACCCAGCGUCAUCAUCACAGGCCUCAAGCCAGCCACCAAGUACAUAUUUCAUAUCCGAGUGAGGACUGCAACAGGAUACAGUGGCUACAGUCAGAAGUUCGAAUUUGAAACAGGAGAUGAGACUUCUGACAUGGCGGCAGAACAGGGACAGAUUCUCGUCAUAGCCACCGCAGCUGUUGGGGGCUUUACUCUCCUCGUCAUUCUAACUUUGUUCUUCUUAAUCACUGGGAGGUGCCAAUGGUACAUAAAGGCCAAAAUGAAGUCAGAAGAGAAGAGAAGAAACCACUUACAGCAGAAUGGGCAUUUACGUUUCCCAGGAGUUAAAACUUACAUAGAUCCAGAUACAUAUGAAGACCCAUCCCUAGCAGUUCAUGAAUUCGCAAAGGAGAUUGAUCCCUCAAGAAUUCGCAUUGAGAGAGUCAUUGGGGCAGGAGAAUUUGGAGAAGUCUGUAGUGGGCGUUUGAAGACACCCGGGAAAAGAGAGAUCCCCGUUGCCAUCAAAACUUUGAAAGGUGGCCACAUGGAUCGACAAAGAAGAGAUUUUCUAAGAGAAGCUAGUAUCAUGGGUCAGUUUGACCACCCAAAUAUCAUUCGACUAGAAGGUGUUGUCACAAAAAGAUCCUUCCCGGCCAUUGGGGUGGAGGCGUUUUGUCCCAGCUUCCUGAGGGCAGGGUUUUUAAAUAGCAUCCAGGCCCCGCAUCCAGUGCCAGGGGGAGGAUCUCUGCCCCCCAGGAUUCCUGCUGGCAGACCAGUAAUGAUUGUGGUGGAAUAUAUGGAGAAUGGAUCCCUAGACUCCUUUUUGCGGAAACACGAUGGCCAUUUCACAGUCAUCCAGUUGGUCGGUAUGCUCCGAGGCAUCGCCUCAGGGAUGAAGUAUCUCUCUGAUAUGGGCUAUGUCCAUCGAGAUCUGGCAGCUAGGAAUAUAUUGGUCAACAGCAACUUAGUAUGCAAAGUGUCUGAUUUUGGUCUGUCCCGGGUGCUGGAAGAUGACCCAGAAGCUGCUUACACAACAACUGGUGGAAAAAUCCCCAUAAGGUGGACAGCCCCAGAAGCUAUUGCCUACAGAAAAUUCUCCUCAGCAAGCGACGCUUGGAGCUAUGGCAUUGUCAUGUGGGAGGUCAUGUCCUAUGGAGAGAGACCUUAUUGGGAAAUGUCUAACCAAGAUGUCAUUCUGUCCAUUGAAGAAGGUUAUAGACUUCCGGCUCCCAUGGGCUGUCCAGCAUCCCUACACCAGCUGAUGCUCCAUUGCUGGCAGAAGGAGAGAAAUCACAGACCAAAAUUUACUGACAUUGUCAGCUUCCUUGACAAACUGAUCCGCAAUCCCAGUGCCCUUCACACCCUGGUGGAGGACAUCCUUGUGGUUAACGGACCCCACAGCCAGUGCCCAUCAACAGAGCUCUCUAACUGUUCUAUGGCUGUAGAAGCAGGCAGAAUGCCAGAGUCCCCUGGUGAAGUUCCUGAAUAUCCUUUGUUUGUCACAGUUGGUGACUGGCUGGAUUCUAUCAAGAUGGGGCAAUAUAAGAAUAACUUCAUGGCUGCGGGGUUUACGACGUUCGACCUGAUUUCAAGAAUGAGCAUUGAUGAUAUUAGAAGAAUUGGAGUCCUUCUCAUUGGACACCAGAGACGGAUAGUCAGCAGUAUACAGACUUUACGCUUACACAUGAUGCACAUACAGGAGAAAGGAUUUCAUGUAUGAAAGUACUACAAGCACUUGUGUUUUGUGCCUCAGCAUUUCUAAAAUGAACGAUAUCCUCUCUACUACCCCCUCUUCUGAUUCUCCAAACAUCACUUCACGAACUGCAGUCUCCUGUUCAAACUACGGGCACACACCUUUUGUUUAUGCUUCUAACCUGGAUUUUAAAAUUAUGCCUCAUAGCUCCUCUCUGAAUAACCUGCAGAUAAAACCCUGGCCCGCUGCAGAUUAUCACUGACACAAUGGUAAAUAACUCAGCAUGGAUGUGUAACUUUGUACAACAGUAUUUGGGAAGUGUUCACGAACUUAAAGGAAUUUGGCCAGGUGUGGCUUCCUUAAUGAUGUAUUUAGAGUUUGACGGUAGAUAAAAAAGAAAUAGUUGACCUUUCUUUCAUGUUUUGUGAUCAAGUAGCUUCCAAACUGACGUGAAUACUUUUAGAUAAUUAUAUUCAACUCUAUGGAUCAUAUUGUUACUUUAUUUUAUAAUAGUUUAACUGUUGAUGCCUGAUGUUGUUAGAAGUAUUUGCAGAAAUAACCAAUGAUGUCAUUUGGUGAAUUCUUGUCAGGUGUGACUACACUAAGAAAGGGGUUAUCAGGGAGGGAGAGGGAGAAACAUACUGUGCUUUUCAAUCUUCUAAGGCUGGUUUGUCUAUUUUUUUUAAAUUAACUUCAUAGUGUCCUAAAUAUUUCAUAGUAAGUGAUUGCUUAGAGGCUUUUCCCCUCUAAGUUUUAUUAGCAAUAGUAUAUUUCUCUCCUACCUUAUGAAGAUCACCCCAGAAAGAUCAAGAGUGAAGCUUGAAAUAAAACCGUGUCUAUUCCCUUGGUUCAGCUUUACAAGUUUGCAAAAGCAAUUAUCAAAGCACUGAGAAAAUUAGUUAUUUUCAGUAGACUUGCUUUGAAUAAAAGAUCUAAGAAUAUAGCCUUAGAUUUAAUGUAAAAGUAAUUAAACACAAUUUUAUGAUAGCUAUAUGGUGGCCCAAAAAAUAAACACAUGUAGUUGGCUGAUGUUGGUGCAUUUUGCAAGUUAAAGAAUUUUUAUAUUUUGUUCCUAAAAAAUAAGUUACAUGAAUGUGCUGAGCUGUUUUCUAAACCUUUCAAGAGACAAGUAUACCACUGCAUGUUCCAAAGAGAUAUGAACAGACCUAACCUAUGAGCAUAUAUAAAUCGUGUGUCAACCUGGGCCCAAAACACAGUAACUGAAAAUGUGAACACAGCUAUAAUGUGUGUCAUAAUCAUCUCAGAGGCUGCAAAAAAAAGCAAAUAUAUUUUUCAGUGAAUUAUGCUGAGCAAAUUAUCAAAAAAGUGCUGCUUUAUGAGUAAGUUCAAUUGUAAAAUCAGCUGUUGCCUGUGAAUGUACAGAAUGGCUUCUGUGCUAGGUGUGGAAGAGUAGGCAGGAUGUGUUGAGAGAGAUUUUAAAAGGAACAGGUUGUCUAAAGAUGCUUAUUUAAUAAAUAAGUUUUUCUCUGAUCUAAGACCCAAAGGUGCCCAAUCCACAUUCUCCAGUUCCUACCUAAAUCACAUUUUUUUUUUUUUUUUUUUUUUUGGUAAUAGCAGCUGUCUUGCUAUUAAAGGAGACUCACUUUCUUUUAUUCUUUUAAGAUUUGUUUAUUGUCGCAUUAGACUAGACCCUUUCACAUACAUUAUUAUGCUGAUUUAUCUCCUGAUUUUUGUCUACCACAGCUCAAUUUUUCUCAUUUCAAAAAAAAAAAUUGUAUAGAGCUAGAAGGAAGAGUCUUUAAAAAGUAUUCCUUAAAGUAUACUAAAAAGAAAAAAAAAGUGAGAAAUUCAUCACUUUUUAAGUAAGUGUGUCAGAAAUAGCUAGCAACAUUUUCUAGCCACCACCUGCAUGGUCAUGCAUCACUCAUACACUAACUGCAGUUUGCUUGAUACAUUUACACAAAUCCGGAUACAUGUAGAGGAAAUAUAAAAUUUCCAUAUUUACCUGUCUUCAAAUAUAUAUUAAAUAAGAACAGAUGUAAAACAGAUUAAAUUUAUUAAUCAUAUAUAUUUAUUUUUAUAAUACAACAAAAAAGGUAUUUAGAAAAAUAAGGAAUAGAAUAAUUAUGGUCUUCCAUAGGACUCUGUCAGCAACAUCUGUAUAGUUUGAUGAAAUAAAUUCUAUAAAGUAUUUAAACUUCUAUGAGAUGGGCAUUCAGUACUUAAAAGAUUAAAGUUCACUGUUAAGAAUUUUUUUCUUAAAAGGUACAGAGAUCUUUUUCUAUAUGUGAGUAACUUCUAUUUCUUUUUUUCCUUCCCCAACAUCUUCCUCUAGUAUUAUAAAACUGCCUUUCUACUCUGUCUCUUUCCCCAAAUGCUCUUUAAAAUUUCUUUAGAAUUACAUUCAUAUUUUUCAGAACUGUAAGCAUGAUAAUCUUACGUGUAAUUUUGAACCUCAUUAUGGUCAGAAACACAUGGUUGAAAUAUUUGUGCACGAUUAAACAGAUAUAUUAAAAAAAUAAGGAUAUCUAUUUCUUAAUUGCCUACACACAGACCCCUGAUCCCAAGGAUAUUAUAAGAUUUAGGAAUAUUAACAGUUAGGUUGCCAAAUUUAUUUGGAAAUUUUACAUGAAAUAUUUUGAGAAUUACUAGUGCACAUACUUAGUAAUUAAAACUGUUUAAUAUGCAUAAGUAUAGAACCUAAUUAUAGAAAGAAAAUUAGUAACUUACAUAAAUCACAGCCUUCAGUAAUGAUUUUUGGUAACUUCAGUAUGCAUAUACAUUCAUGUACCUGCUUUAUUUUACAUUUUCUGAUCUAUACUAUUGAGGAGCUUUUUGGAUUUUGUAAAUCGAGACAGUUGAAGAAACCACUUUUGUUUUAUUUCCUGGGUGGUCAGUUUCCAGUCUAUAAACAACUCAUUAUCUCAUAGUAUAAGGCAUAUGUGGGGGAAAAAUAUAAAAACAAUGUACAAUCGAGAAGAGAGAUUAGGUAUAUAAAUCAUUAAAAAAGCAAUCAGAAAUUGCAAAGCUCUUGGCUUACUGAGAAUCAAAAUGUACACCACUUUUGCACUGAGUUAUCUUAUAGCUGCUGACAAAUAAGUUAUGCAUGCUGUAGUCUAAAAAAGAAAAAGAAAAAAAAGAUUUGUAUUCUUUAAUACCCUGCAUUACUCUUUAAAACCUAUCCAGAUAUCAGCUGAAUAAAAAACAGCCUUGUAGCUACAGUUCUAAGGCCUGCUUCAGUCCUCACAUGGAAAACAAAUCCAAAGUCAACUCUUGAAAAGCAAAGUCAGUCUUUACAGAAGUCCUUCUGAAGUGGUGGUAAAGAAUGAAUCUCAACCACAUUUCAUUUAAAAAGUCCAUUUUUUGUAUCUUUCCCUACCAAAGUUCUACUUUAUAAAUCAGUCGGUUAAAUCUCUUAUCCCAAAAUUUUCACCAAUAUUAGGUCUCUUUUUUCUGUUCCUUCAUUAAAUUUCCUAAAACUUCUUGCUCAGUCAGCUCCCCGUCUCCUCUCUUUAUUACUCCAUCUCCUCUCUUUUCCUUUCUCAGUUUCUACCACUCAACCCCUGAUCCCUAUCAGCAGAAGAAAGCUCGGAAAAUCUAAAAAGAUCUUACCAUCUCUUUACAAGAGGCUGAAGACGGAGGGAAGGGACUGUUGCAGGAGCCAUACAUUAGUAUUUUGGGUCCCACCGCAUAAACGAGAGCAUUUGCACUCACAGAGAGGGAAUGAACUUUUUAUUAACUGGAAAUUAAGUGCUUUGGAAAGUAAUUUAAAAAUGGAUGAUGAUGAUCCUUUUCUAUAGCUUUAGAUAAGGAAAUUAUUAAUUUAAAAAUUUGUAUUUUAAGAAUAAAAAACCAUUAUCCAUUCACA